GUGCAGUGACGCCCGGUGUGCCCAGAUGGGCACGGUGGGCAGGGGCUGCCCGGGUGUUCAGGGUCGGUCCCAGGUGUUCAGUGUGGCCCCAGCUGUGCCCAGAGGUGCCCAGGUGUGCAGGGCACUCAGGUGUCCGGUGACCCCACCUUUGCCCAGGUGUGUAGAGCGGCUCCAGGUAUGCCCAGCUGUGCCCACGGCUCAGAUACGCAGUUGCCCCCAGGGCAGGGCCAUGGACCGGAUGAAGAAGAUCAAGCGGCAGCUUUCCAUGACGCUGCGGGGCGGCCGCGCCCCCGACAAGGCCCUGGGGGGGGACCCCCGCGAUGGCACCGGCAGCGACAGCGAGCCGGGGGGGGACGAGGCCCGGAUGGGGUCGGACGGGGAGAGCGACCCCCCCUCGGGGACAUCCUCGGAGGAGGUGGCGUCACCCGUGAGGCUGCGGCAGCACCCGCGGCACGGAGCCUGCGAGGAUGUCACCAAGCGCCUGUCCCUGCCCGCUGACACCCGCCUGCCCGAGGGGGGGCUGGGGCUGCCGGGGCCCCUGAGCCGCCGCCUGCGCCGCGUCUCCCUGUCUGAAAUCGGCUUCGGGAAAUUGGAGACGUACGUGAAACUGGACAAACUGGGAGAGGGCACCUACGCCACGGUGUACAAGGGCCGCAGCAAGCUGACCGAGAACCUGGUGGCGCUGAAGGAAAUCCGGCUGGAGCACGAGGAGGGGGCGCCGUGCACGGCCAUCAGAGAGGUGUCCCUGCUGCGGGAUCUCAAGCACGCCAACGUGGUGACGCUGCACGACAUCGUGCACACGCCGCAGUGCCUGACGCUGGUCUUCGAGUACCUGGACCGGGACCUGAAGCAGUACCUGGACGAUUGUGGGAACGUCAUCAGCAUGCACAACGUCAGGCUGUUCCUGUUCCAGCUGCUGCGCGGUCUCGCCUUCUGUAACCGUCACAAGGUUCUGCACCGCGACCUCAAACCCCAGAACCUCCUGCUCAGCCGCCGGGGGGACCUCAAGCUGGCGGAUUUCGGCCUGGCCCGUGCCAAGUCCAUCCCCACCAAGACGUUCUCGAGCGAGGUGGUGACGCUGUGGUACCGCCCGCCCGACAUCCUGCUGGGAUCCACGGAGUACAGCACCCAGAUCGACAUGUGGGGGGUCGGCUGCAUCUUCUCGGAGAUGGUGACGGGGCGGCCGCUGUUCCCCGGGGCCACAGUGGAGGAGCAGCUGCAUUUCAUCUUCCGCCUGCUCGGGACCCCGACGGAGGAGACGUGGCCGGGCAUCGGUGCCAACGCCGAGUUCCGGGCACACAAAUACCCCCUGUACCCGCCCGAGGGGCUGCGGCAGCACGCGCCACGGUUGGACGAGGACGGCGCCGACCUCCUGGGGCAGCUGCUGCAGUUUGAGGGGCGGCGGCGGGUGCCGGCGGCGGAGGCCAUGGGACACCGGUUCUUCAGCUGCCUGGGGCCGCGCGUCGGCAACCUGCCCGACACCACGUCCAUCUUCGCGCUGAAGGAGAUCCAGCUGCAGAAGGAGCCGGGGCUGCGCACGGGGCCCCUGCCCCCCACAGGUUCUUCCGCCUUCCGGGUGCUCGACACCGAAUUCUGAUGUUAAGCAGCCCCCGGAUCGCUGCUGCGUUUCCCCCAAGGACCCCCCAAAAUCGGGGCUGGGGUCCCCCCCAAAAAAACCUCCAGGACUUUGGGGACACCCCAAAACUCCUCAUGAAGGGGUCAGGGGGGUCCUUGGACUGCUGACCCCCCAAAAAACCCCAACACCCCCCAAGGAACUGCUGCUGGAUUUUGGGGGGGGGGGGUUUCACUGGGACCCCCAUUGUGGGGGGGUGGAAUUUGGGGUGUCCCCCCCCAUUUUUUGGGGUCCCCUCCCCAUUUUUUGGGGUCCCCUCCCUAUUUUUUGGGGUCCCCCCCCAUUUUUUGGGGGGUUCUUCCCCCCCCGAUUUACGUCGAGUUUUAUUUUUUCAAGGCAAUAUUAUAAAUCAGAGUCUAUAUCGGCCCCUCCCCCCGCCGGGGCGGGGCCUAAAUGGGAGGGGCCUAAAGGGGGUGGGGCCUAAAGGGGAGGGGCCAAAAAGGGGCGGGGCCUAAAGGGGAGUGGGGGGAGGGGCGUGUGCUCGGAGGUUAUUCGUGCUUUACUCCAGGGUUACUCGGGGUUGGGCCCUUUCCACUCCAAGGUUACUCAGACUUUACUCCAAGGCUGGACCCACUUCACUCCGUAGUUACUCCAGGCUUAGUCAGACUUUACUCCAAGGUUGGGCCGUCUUUACUCUGUGGUUACUCCAGGGUUACUCAGACUUUACUCCAAGGCAGCUCAGGCCCCGCUCUGGGCCACCCCUGCCCUACUCCAGCCUUACUCCAGGGUUACUCAGCCUCCUCUCGCUCCUGCUCUUGGUUACUCCUGAGUUACUGCAGGUUCUUACUCAGAGCCUCCUCCGGUCUCACAUUGAGGUUGCUCCGGACUCGAUUCUUACUCAGACUUUACUCCAGAGUUACUCACGGCCAGGGUGGGGCCUCGGCUCCAACUCAGCCUUUGAGGGACUCAGGACUUGCCGGCGGAAUUUACUCCAGACUUACUCCAGAUUUACUCAGCUCCUCACUCCAGCCUUGCUCAGCUCCCCCUUGCUGGGUUGUUUUGGGUCCUUUGGCGCUGCUCACACCUUACUCUUACCUUCCUCACACCUUACUCCGGGUGCUUGGAUCCUUUUUGCCUUUGCUCUGCGCUUACUCCGCCCUUACUCGGCGCUUCCCGCGCUCGCUCAGCCCCUGCUCGGAGCUGCCUCAGCCUUUACUCGGAGCUUACUCAGCCCUCGAAUGGACAUUGCUCGGCCUUUACUCAGAGGUUGCUCAGCCUUCUUCACAGACAUUACUCAGCCUUUACUCGGAGGUUACUCAGAAGUUGCCCAGUCUUUACUUGGAAGUUACUCAGCCCUUGAACAGACGUUACUCACCGAUUACUCCGGGGUUACUCCCAGCCCACCCACAAGAGACACGUCUCCCCUCACUGGAUACUCUGGGGUUACUCCCCCUUUACUCCGAGGUGAAGUUUCACUCCAGGGCUACCCCCACGCUACUCUGGGGUUACUCCACUGUUACUCUCACUUUACCCCAAGGUUACUCCGGGGUUGCUCCCACUUUGCUCUGGUUUUACUCUGAAGCUCCUCCCCCUCCCCCAGCCUCACUCAGGACCGCCCCUCCCCCCUGGGGGCGUGGCCUCGCUCUGGGGGCGUGGCCUCUUCACAGUGGGCGGGAUCUCUGUGGCUCCGCCCCCUCCCUGGGCAGGGGGGGAGGGGCGGGGGGAGCCGUGGGCCGCGAUGGGGGGAGGGGAGGGGGGAGGGGCGGCACGGAGCCCGGGGGGGCGGGGCGAAAUAGGCUCCGCCCUCCUUUAUGACGUCACUGGGGAGGGCAAAGGGGCGGGGCCGUGGCGUUUCGGCUGUAACGGGACCGGACCAUUAAAACCUCCCCGGGAGCGGC